UUCUAGCAGUUUGGUCGAUUCGAUUGAGCGAUUGAGUGGAAAACAAAAACAAAGUGUUUCUUGUGUUUUCUAUUUUACCAAUAUUUUGUUAAAACAGGAAGCUAUUUUCACGGAAAAUGCUUUCGUCGAUGCUCAAGGAGCAUCAGGGAAAGCAGGCAGCAAGGAAAGAAGAGCAAGAUUUAAAAAGAAAAGCUGCAAUUGCUUCCUCAAAUGAGUUAACCCAGGCACUUGUGGACCAUUUAAACGUAGGAGUGGCUCAGGCUUAUCUCAAUCAGAAAAAACUCGAUGCUGAAGCCAAGCAACUUCAUGUGGGGGCUACGAAUUUCGCCAAACAGACCCAGCAAUGGCUCCUUCUGAUUGAAGGCUUCAGUAGUGCUUUGAAAGAGCUGGGAGAUGUAGAAAAUUGGGCUAGAAGUAUUGAGAAUGACUUGAGGAGUGUCACAGGUGCCCUUGAAAUUGCCUACAAAAGUGCAAGGGAAAAUCAAUAGACUGUGAUGAAAAUAGAGCAUGUUGCAAAGACUAUUAGGCUUUUAUCUGGAUUCCUC